CCCCAGCUCUCCCUCUCCACCAUAACCACCACUCUCCUCCUCCUUACCCCCCCAACCACGGCCUACUUCUACAAAUACCCCGCCCUCUUCGUCUAUAAAGACACCAACUGCACCGACAUCUCCUUCUCGCUGGUCUACCCCUCCCUGGGCGACUGCAACGGCGGAUACUAUGACUACGCGGGCUCAUUCCAGAUGUUCAAUAUUGACGCCGCGUAUACCUGUAAUGGCAGUGACUCGACACUUAUGUUUGAGAUGUAUAAUAGCUCCGGCUCGGAUUGUGGAGAUGAGAGUGAUUUGUUGUUUAGACAGCCGGUGACGGAGGAGUGUACUGUUGCGGAUGUGGAGAGUCCGGGGCCGUUGGAGAUGCCGGUUUGGUUUGAGUUGGGGUGUAUGUAAUUCAUUCGUUGAGUGGGUAAGGAGGGAUGGACGGGGAUUUGUUGAAACAUUUACCGAGUAGACCAAAAGAGAAAUCUCUCUCUUGGUUACUGGUUUGUUCAGGUUUCAUUGUUCUGACAGGAUUUAUAUAGGAAGGUAGGUGGGUAAGCACUAUUGGGGAAUUGUGGUGGGAUGGCUGGUACUAUGUUGUUUGGUGUGGGGAUUCUUGAGGGUGGGUUGGAGAAUAAAGUGAGUUGUGUGAGGCAGUAGUGGAUGACUUCUGCUUCUGUGAUGCUGGUAUGUGAUAAAGUUAAUUGCAUAUGCAAAUGUGCAAUCAUAGACCGAUAGGUGGAAACUUGCUACUCGUUGAGAUAUAUAGUUAUACUGGAAAUGUUGUUCAUCAAGGCUGC